AUGCGGCUUCCAGACGUGGGCUCUAUCAGGGAGGAUAAUUACACAUUCUUCUGGCAGGGGAAGUCUCAAGACGAGCCAAGACUUCAUGACGUAGGAUUUGCUGUUAAAAACGCCCUUCUGGACUGUACUGUGCCACCAUCCGGUGGAACAGAGCGAAUUAUUGAUUUGAAAAUAUGCUCCUCAAGUGGCACUGUCAGCAUCCUAAAUGUGUACGCUCCUACCUUAUCAUCCAGCAUGGAAGAGAAGAAUAUGUUUUAUGACUUACUCAGUGACAGAAUAGCCAAGGUACCUAGCACCGAGACACUGUAUAUUCUAGGGGACUUUAAUGCUAGAGUUGGAUCAGAUAACGACAUAUGGCCGAAUUGCCUGGGACAUCAUGGGGUGCGAAAAAUGAAUGAAAAUGGCCAGAGACUGCUUAAAGUUUGCUGCUUUUAUGGACUCUGUAUCACAAACACAUAUUUCCAGCUUACGGAUCAGAACAAGGUGUCUUGGAGACACCCGCACUCUCAUCACUGGCAUCAACUUGACUUAGUCAUAGCUAGGCGUACUGGUCUCAAAAAUGUACUACUGAUACGAAGUUAUCAUAGUGCUGAUUGCAACACAGACCGCGCCCUACUGGCGUGCACAUUGAGGCUCACUCCUAAGAAAUGUCACCACGCUAAACCGAGAGGUCAUCCCCCAGCAGCAUAUAACGCUUAUGAAUAUUCUUCUUUGGCUGGUAGCUGCAUCCGUGACGUCAGUAUCAGCAGGGUCCAACCUGUCAGGUUCCGUCCACGUGGUGGCCUAGGACUCUUCCACGCAGGAUCCUGUAGUACAGCUUCUCAGCAUGCUGGAGCAGGAUAG